AUGGAAUCCUAUAGAAAUAGAAACAUGACUUGUAUACUGAGAAUCGAUACUCAAUCUCAUGGUUGGGAGAAAUCCAUAACAAAAGUGAUUAAGGGUAUCAAAGAUGUAUCCUACACCAUUGAUACAGUACAUGGUAUCAUUAGAAUUUCUGGGGCAAUAGAUCCAAACAAGCUACUGACUGAAAUUAAAAAGGCCGGAAAACAUGCUGAACUCAUCCAUGCCGAUAUUGGCAAUGAUGGUGAACACUCUCGAGUCCAUCAUGCCGAUAUAAUCAACAACGGCAUUGGCGGUGGACACCCUCAAUUUCACUCCAACGCGAACAACGGAUACGGCUAUAAUGAAUACAAUGGUGGACAUGGAAAUAUUGUACCUAGCUACAAUACUAUUCAAUGUCAAUCUGAUCCUUAUCAAUACAAUCGUGCUUUACUACCAAAUGCACCACCACAAGAACAAUGGCAGCAUCCACAAAUCCAACAAUACAAUGAUACAGACAACCCUUGCAUUGUUAUGUGA